AGUGAAGAAAAGGCUUGAAGCUAAUAACAUGGAAUCCAGUAGUUGAGUUGGCGCAGACGGCGGCCACAAGCCGUCAUUUGUAGUCAUCUAAUGUGGUAAUGUACAAAAAUGUGUAGGAAACGGACAGGCAUCCGUAAGCAUAUCGUCAAACAAGAGUCAAUGAAGCGUAACAUUUUUCCUGAUCAUGGUUGAUGGCUUUUUACGUUGAAGAAAAUACUUGUACAGACGUCGGUUGUUUCCGGAAGCUUGUCGUUUAUAGGAUACAUAUGAGAGAAAAGGUGAUCGUCGAAUAACAAAAACAGUAGCCGGGAUUCGAUUUCGCCAAUGUUCGUGAAGGCAGCCUUGACAAGGAUCUUCUAUUUCUUCAAUUAACGACCGAAGCAUUUAAGGCUGUUUCAAAAUGUCCACAAGUUACUCACGAGCUUGGCGAACCUGUCGCUACCGAACAACUGAGUGACUACCAUGUCUAUAAUAAAAUGAAGGCUCUAAAUUAAUGAAUAGAUUGACAGUAGUACAUGUUUCGUGUACAUAUUCGCAGUGUAAUAAUAUCACAUAAUAAUAACACCAGGCCGUCUGUCACAAUGGUAAAUUUGUUAACGGUGCUCGAAGAUGCCAUCGAGGAGGUGGCCCUUGAAGGCUUGGACGGAUCUACACUGCCGACAUUGUGGCUUCGCAUGGAGGACCGAUAUCGGCAUUCAGGGGAGAAAUGUGAGCUAGAUGCCCAAUUCAAACAAUUUAUCUGGUCAAAGAUUUUGUUUGAUAAUCGGCUCCAGCUGUUUCGGUUACCUGAGGAUCGUCGCGAUGUCUUCAUUUUUGAUCGGCAUAGUCCCGAAUAUAUGGACGACUGUUGCCACCUGACGAAGGCGAACUACAACGUACACACGCAUGACGUCUAUCCAGUCGAGGUGCUGAAAAUAGGUCGAUCUGUAAUGGGCAGUUGUGCAACAUUCUAUACCCGAACAGACGUCACAGAUGAGCUUCGUGAGGUUGAAGGUAUGCAAAAUUUCGAGUAUGCAGAAAGCAUUAUGGGCAGAAAUCACGUUUUGGUCGCCAACCAGCAAACUCGAUCAAAGACGCUGUGCGGCUCCUCCUGUCGUUUGGAAGAGAUUCCUUCGAUGACCGACGUUAUGUAUUGCAUUCUCGAACGUGUGGGGAGGUCUCGAUAUAAUGGAGAAAUUACACCAGGGCCCAGCGGUCUGAUCAAGGCAUUUAACGAGACUGCUGGCGCAAUUUUCUACUACAAAAAAAAGCUUGGUACUUCGGGAGUAGUAGUUUGGCAAGGAAUUCGCAUUUCUCUACCAGGAAAGCAGCAAAGUGGUAACCUGAUGCACUUACGGAGGUUCUUCCGACGAAUUGAGUCUCCUCAAGACAGAGCAAUCCACGACGCCGCGCAAUACCUCCUUCAGAAACCAUUACAUCGGGAACUAUUGUCAAUUUUGCGUACUGAGCUUGUGAAUAUGCAAGGCUAUGUGUUCAAAAAAGUUAUUCGGGGGACGCAUAAGGAGCUAUUCGAAAUGAAAACCAUCACUUGGAAGGAAUAUCAGCCGGAUGCAAGCCCUACUGAAUGCCAGACAAAAUCUCAGCAGGUUCGAAUGGCCCGAGUCAUGCAGCUGAAUAAGGCUGCUUAUGACGCAUAUGUUGAACAACAGGAAGCUGGAUGCUCAAAGGAGGAUGAUCUCGACGCAAGCCGGGGCGACGAGGAUGCGCAUGUGGAUGAUCUUGAAGGAGAUACUGAUCUCGAAGGUAGCCAACGGGCGUUGUUCUCGCAAAUUUCUCGCAUCUACGACGGGUCCAAAGCGCCUUAUAACUACACUAUUCUUCAGUCAGCAUAUAGGGCAAUCGAAGAGGCUGGAGCGUCGGGACUGACGAUGGCUCAGCUCGCGAUUCGACUUGCUAUGCCUCGUCUAUUUAUUCGGAAUCUCGUUAAGUCACUGACCAAAGAAGGCUCCGUCAGCCAUCACUGUAUCGCCAUAGGUCGCCAACAAGUGACCAUCUACGUAAGCAAUGUAUAUGCCGACGAAAUAACGCAGGGACCUCGAAUGCCGCCUCUCCCACGUCCUGCAACUAUGCUCGCAUUACCAGCACCUGGCGAUGACAAAAAACAAGUAGGGGAUUCUGGGUUAAGCCACGCUUCACCUGCAAAGGCGGCAGAAGGAGCAGCAAAUAUUAACGACCGGUUUGCCACUCAACGGACGCUUGCUCGGGCGGUGCGCAUUGUUGAAUUGACUCGUGAACUCAAGGUAAUUCCGCAUCCGCCACGACUGCUUCGACAGUUACGUCGUGAAGAACAGGAAGCCGGUAUGAAGGACAGACUUUGCAGACACAGUCUUGAUAGAAUCCUUCAAAAACUUGAUGAGACGGGUUACAUCAAUACGGUCGUCUGUAAUCUCGGUACAAGUAAAGGCUCUAAGGAGCUCAUGAUGAUUUGUGCGGCCGAUGUGGACGGAAAUCAUGAGCAAGUCCGUAAAUGUAUCGAGCAAUGGCAGUUAGCAGAGAGUACAAAACCGACUCACGUGUACAAGCGGCGCGGUCCCGACCUCUUCACUAAUCAAGGAGGCAAGGUAUACCCACCAAUUAAUCCUGCAAUGGCGAAAAAGUAUGGCUACAAGCCAAAAUUCCGUCGAGCCAAGAUUAUGUAUCAGUUCCUGCAUUAUAUGCUGUACAACUACGACGGAGAGCGGGUCGACAAAGUAGAUUCGAACAUUAGCGAUAAUCCGCCACAGCAACCAGUCCGAUAUCAAGAGGACGUUUCAUGGAAGAUGUUUAUUCCACCACUGGGCGGUGACCGAGUGCCGGGUUGGUGUGUGUUAGGUGAUGCUUGGCUUCUCUGUCCGCUUUCGUUAUUUGUACAGUUGUGCAGUGUGGUCUUCGAGGUACCGCAAAUCGAAGAGUUUCUUGGUCAUCCAGUAAAACAGCACUACUUAUUAAGCAACCUGCCUGACGAGAUGCGCGACCUACUGCUGUUCAAUCGCCGGUGGUUGUACCAACUUCAUGAUCAAGCAACAACAUUGAGUCAUAUGGGCCUUGGCAAGUUUGGCCCCCAGAAACAUAAAGAAAAGGACCAGAUUUGGUUCUUUCUUAAUCGACGCAUAACAAUUGUCGACACAAGUGGCUACACCGGAUUUAUGCGCACCAAUCUCGAAGAGACAGAUUUCGUUACUGAAAGUUACGAUCUUCAGACGGAAGAGGACAUCUUCGCGUUUUGGGCACGGAUUGAAGACAUCUCAUUGCGGACGUCGUUAGGCAUGUACAGUAAACUCGCGGCGAAGACCUAUGUUACGUAUUUUGCCGGCAUGAAACCUGAGCUGAUUCAAGCAGCCCGAAAAUACGAUUUUGACUAUGAGGAUGUGGGCAGUUUACCUCCAGGCGAUCAUCAGGGCGCCUGUGGAUUUGACUCAGGCUUAUUUGCGCACAGGAGAUCUAAUUGGUCUGGAGUGCGUCACGGACCAUCGAAGAUAAAAGAAAAUAUGGAAACAGUCACUUCACAGCUUAAGGUAAUCGAGCAACAAUUUCGCAAAAUUACCAAAAAGCGAACUGACAUGAUGAUGAACCUUUCCACUAAUAAUUCGGCAGUGGCAGUCAUACCCAGGGUUAUGCCAGUUCCAAAGAAGAAACCAGUAGCUCGCAAGAGGGAAUUUAUCAUUCGGAACAAACGCGUUUACAAACGCGAUGGCCGUCGAGCUGUGGAUUUAGAUUUGAAAGAUGUUGAGGCGCUAAAGAAUAUGAAGAAUUUACGAAGAGUUCGCUGGCGAGCUGAACACGAUUACAUCCUCCUACUUGUUAAAACGCUCAGCUCGGUAGUCUAUCCGGAGCAUGGUCGGCUUGUCAUUCCUGCAAGUAAAGUACGCGACCUGCUUCAGACAAUGUUUCCUGAUACGUGUAGCGACAAAACAAAGUUUGCUGCUUUGCGCAGGGCCAAUCUUUUACAGAGGUAUCCGGAAAAAAUGGCUGCUUCGAGAGCUAUGCGAUUCAAUAUCAUUAGCGAGCCGCAGAUUAUGCAGCUCGUUGAGAAGAUGCAGGAAACCUCAAAAGCAGAGCUAAAACACCAGUACUUCCUCGAGGCUGUCGAGAUCGCGCGGAACCUUCUUUCCCGUGAAGGUAUCAAGUGUUCACCUCAACUAAAUCUGGAAGAGUCGGAAGAUCUCGAAGUUGACGAAUUGGAAGAGUCAUUGGCGACGUUUCGCUACCGUGAGCCACUCAAUAGCGUUGAUGUUCAUCAGGUGACCGUCGCAACUGUGCUCAUAGCUAGCUUCGCUCUAGACGGGAAGACCAAUUGGUCAUACCUUUUGUAUACUAUUUACGAGCGGUAUCCUGAUCCGUUAAUCCGCUUCGUUUUUAAGGGUCUGUGCAAUAGCCAGAUGAUUGCUCGAAAGAAGACAAAAAAUUACAAAGCAAAAACUGUUUUACACCUACCUGCUCUGCCGUAUAGCCUCAGUUGUAAGUGGCAUCACCUGGUAAAGCUUCGUUACAAUGACGAGGUGGUCAAUAUCAUGGCGCAACAGAUGCAAAUUGUGCGUCACGUACGCGAAAUGUCAACAUCUGACGCCAAUCCGACCCCUGCAGUAAUGAUGCUUUUUGCUAACAUGGUGCUUGGAGGCCAAGCGGAUGCCUAUUUUGACUUGGCGAAGGGCAGCCCCAUAGAAUUUGUUCGUAAGACGGCCAGCGGCAAAGCCAAUCCGAAGACUAUGCCGAGCAGCAGCCGACUUGCGGCAAUUCAUGAAAGCAUGAUGGAUCCAAGCGAUGAUGUACGCUACGAUGAAAGUAUACGUCUUCAUCCAUUGCCCCUGCAAGCUAAGCUCAAAGACAGUGCGGAUCUUAGUUUUGGUUGUUACGCACACAAGAUUAAAGGCGGUGAAAUGCUGAAGAACGAUCAGCAUUCCGAGGCGAUUCGUAGGCUGAAGGCGUACUAUGACCCACCGGCGAGUACAGAAGAGGCUGAGACAACCAUUCAGAAGGAAUUUGCUUCAAAAAAACACCAGCAAAGUGACGGCGCGUUUGCCAGUGCUUCGUACCGAUUGGUUGUUGCAUCGAAAGAAGUCGGACUAAGCCUUCAACAGCUGUGGAUUAUCCAGGGUGGACGGAUAAGCUACCUUGAAGCUAUUCUAGCAACGCUAUGUAACAUCAAAGUUCUGUUACAAGUAGGCGUUAAUCAGAAGCGCUUCGUUGCGUUCCAGCACUCGAGUCCAUGGCUAAUUAAGAGCUAUCGGAUGAGCAAGGAGAUGCGUAAACGAGUCACGGACGCGAUGGAUGACGUGAUGGAGAGGCCACGAAAGCGAUCGCGUCCUAAUCACAGCUCAGAGUGUGCCGAGGUCACCAGUGUCGCCGAUGAAUGUGCUCGCACUGCGAACAGCCAAGAAACCAUGUCACAUCAUGUUGAUCAGCCAAUGACUGCUGGCAAUAUUGAACGAGAUAAUAAUGAACAGGCACUGAAUCAGCCUAACACAUCGCAGCAGUCUGCCUCAGCAGCAGUGCGAGAAACGAAACAUCGUCAGCGGAGGCGAAAAAUGAAGUGUCUUUCGGCUCAACUUGAGAACUGUAAGCCCCUACUAUUUAUACCGCGUAUGUGGAAACGACCUGAUGGUACUUUGAAUGUUCCAAUCUUUGCUAAGAUGCUUUUAGCUGUGUUCUCAUUUGUGGUCGAGAACCCUGGCUCAACCGAAGAAGCGGUACAGACUAAAUUUCGCGCUGUUAUGGAACCGAGCGUUCAUGUACUCGAUCUGCUUGACAUUCUCGUUCGACUAGAGUGUAUAAAAAGGUUUUUUCUAGGGAUGCCUCCUCCGGGCCCAGUUACGCUAUUCAGUGCUCCAGUAAUCUCGAGCGGUGUAACGGAGGAUUCAGAAAGCCCCGACGAUAUUGUAUUUUACGAAACAACGGAAGAUGGUGCCCUUCGACUGAAUGCCUUCUUUUCUACCAGUUUGCAGCAGAGAUCUGACCUGCCAGGAUAUUGAAUGUGAUCGAAGAUGUUCUACCGGAAACUAACUGCCAUAAAAUUAAUAUGUAUAAUCAUAUGUAGGAUAGACGUAAGGCCAAUAUCCCAGUAGCUGUAGUUGUUUGUGUUUGUACGGACAAAAGCAACGAUGAACAUUUUGUUGUUGACAAUGUAAUAAAAUUGUAUUUUCCAGUAAAAAUCUAUACGCCAUUCAACCAAAAUUUUUAUGAGCUGCUAAUAAGAGUUUAGAUAAGCAGUAUGUAAGAUGGUAUUAUAUAAAUGGAAACCAGCUCCACAUAAAGUUACAUGCCCGUUUUUAUCGGUUUGUUUGUUUAUUAUGUACGCUUAAUAGGAAAAUACCCACGCAGAUACACAUAGAACGGUGCAGUUUCCUAUACUACGCCUGGGUUAAACUUUUUUUUUAUAGAGAAAGUGAUCGUUGGCUUGAAUUUUCUUGGUAUUGCUUGAUAAAAUUCGAUUUAUUAUCUCGAAACAAUGCAAUGACAAAAUUCGUAGAUUUCUUACAAUUACAAGACAAGGUUCGUUGCCUAUUUAGGCCUCCAGGCAUACUGAUUUUUCUUACUUAAAUACCAAAAGGCUACUUACAAAUGUCAUUUUGUACACCGAAUUGUGUGUUGUUCUAUACUACUGUCACAAUAAAUUAGAAUUUAAUUAUCUAAUCCAAUCAGUGCAUACUAGUAGCGAUUUAUUCAAGAAUAAACAAUGACGACAUCGGUACCUUUUGAACAUAUACCGUUUUCAUAAUUCAUUAUUAUUAUACGAUUAUUAGCCACAGGUUUUGACGUAUGCAUUUAAGUGUUUCUUUCCUACGUCCAUAUUAUUUGCUAUCUCCGUGACUUUUAACUCACUUUGGGUCAUUUUGUACAUACAUGAUGUAAUUUAACAUAUUUUUUUCUUUUUGCAUGUGCUUUUUGGUAUUGCCAGCAGGAUAGAGUAUUCUGCUUUUGUUCGAAAAACUACAGAGCUAUUGUUUUUCAAUAUCAUAUCUGUAUUACUUUCUUAUUCUGCAAUAACAAAUUUUACCUCCAUUCAGUCUUUAUUCGAAAAUGACACAGAACCUUGGUUGAAAUUAGCUUGGUCAGCACGUGUUUACGCGGCCAUACAAACUUGGAAUUGCUGUGCCAGGAAAAAGACCCCUAACAGCCAACGGCGGCGACAGAUUUCUAUACUCU